AUGAGCAAGACCCAUCCACCAGAACUUAAACGGUAUAUGGAUAAGCAGAUGGAUCUAAAGUUGAACGGCAGCAGACAAGUAUCAGGAGUUCUUCGGGGAUUUGACCCGUUCAUGAACAUUGUUGUUGAGGAUGCUGUUGAACACCUGAAGAAUGGGGAAACUAAACCGUUAGGGAUGGUUGUUGUGCGGGGAAAUUCUAUAGCUGUAAUGGAGCCGAAAGAACGACUUGAAGCAGGAGGCAAAUAA